GCUUCCGAUUAACAGGAUUUAUGUGUUAUUGACGACUGGUCACACUCCAAGCUCAUGUUUUUGCUGAAAAUUUUCGCUUCGCUUUUAUUUCGUCAUAAAAACAAAGUGUGCCUGGAAGAUAAAAACCGGUAAUCGCUGCUAAUACGUUUUAUUGACGGUUAGAAAAGAAUACUGCGCAAGAUGGGCCGCCGAUGCUGCGUGGCCAACUGUCCCUCGACAUCGCGUCUUCUGGAGCACCACGGCGUCACCUACCAUUCGUUUCCCCUUGACCCCGUCAUCCGUGCCAUUUGGAUCAAGAACUCCCGAAUCAGCCUCGGCCGCCAGAUCACGAAAAGCGUGCUUGUCUGCUCGCGGCACUUUCGCCGGCUGGACUUCAACACCAUCCGCAAUGGCAAGUACCUGCUGAAACCGCGUGUCUUUCCAACAGUGUUCCCCUGGGGCAAAAUGGAUGCCUCCGAGAUUGAGGCCGAUCACCGGGCGCUGCAGCAGGCCAAUGUAGAGGGUGCGGUCAACCAGGGCGCAGCCCACACCUCCGCCAACGAGGACGUAAUCAAGGCCACUGUAGACCAGAUUGUGGCCCAAAUAUUGUCGGAAUCAGCAGAGCGCAGUGCCGCGGAAGCUUCUAAAAAGGAGAAGGACAAGGAAGCCCCGGCUCAGACCUCACCACCAGACACCAGCAGCACACCCAAACAAUCAUCGGUCGAAGAGACGACUGCCCCUACUCCGUCUACUCCAUCAAGCAGCUCGGCUGCUUUGCCCAAUACCGGGGGCUCCAGCUCGAAUUCGCCGUUGCCAGCUUCGCCAGUCAAGUACAGCAAUCCCACGAACCUAACCAUCGGAGCUCGCUUGGAGGCUCUAAACGCGGAGGGCAACUGGAUGCCGGCCAGGAUUGUGGAGGUAAACGAAACCGAGCAGACACUGCUAGUUCGCUUCGAACGCAACCACAAGCAAAAGACCUCGCCGUCCACGAGCGGCGGCUCCCAGGAAUGGAUGGCCAUCAAGUCGGAAAAACUCCGCCAGCGGCUCAGCAAUCGGGUAUUGCCAGUUUUUGCACUGGACGAGAAGUGCAUGGCCCGCUGGUCGGGGCCGCGCAAGUUCCCCGGCACCGUGCGCAAGCUGCUUGGCAACGAUACCUACGAGGUACUCUUCGACGACGGAUACAUAAAGAACGUUCGAGCGGUUCACAUGAACAAGUUGCCCAGGCAGCAACUGCCACCUGCUGAGGCAGCCGGAAGUGCACCCAUCAACGCAGAAGUGGCAGGAGCAGCUGCUGUACCUGCUCCUGGAACAUCAACAGCGGUCCUGCCUCAGGCUGUGAAAAGGCCAAGUACUGGAAGCAUUCCCAGCUCCGUCUCUACCAGCAAGAAAAGCAAGUCCACGCCCCAGCGCAAGGAUUGGCCUCUGUUGGAUAUGUCUAGUCUGGAUUUGGUUGCUCUGGGACUUCCGGAUAUUCCACACGACGGAGAGUGGACGUGCCAUUGGGUUAACGACCAACCCAUUGGCACCGAAGGUUUCCUAAUCGUUGGCGAGCACCAGAAGCCUACGGUUAUUGUGGAGGACUGGCGACUGCCUCCCGGCUGGAUCAAGCACAUGUACCAACGCUCCAAUGUGCUCGGAAAGUGGGACGUUAUCCUAGUCUCUCCCAGUGGCAAACGGUUCCGCUCCAAGUCGGACCUGAAGGUGUUCCUCGAGUCACAGGGUCAGAUCUACAACCCAGACAUCUACGAUUUCAGCAUUCACCGUAGAAGAGCCAAGGACAUAAACGCCUAUGUCUACACACACGAUUACAAUCCACAGCCGCCGCCAAAACCGAAGCCGAUGGAUGUUUCCCUAGACUCGACACUGGAUCAGAGCAACACCACAUUGUCCUCGCUGCCCUCGACCCCGUUACCCGUGAAGGACAGUCAGUACAUGGAAGCGCCAGUGGCUUCGCUAGUGCCGCCUGCGGAGCUUAUGUCGCCUCAGGCUCAGGUCGGAGAUGACCCCAAACCCAAAACGACUCCAGAACUGUUGGAGGCAAUAGAGGGCAGUGCCGGUUUGAGCUUGGAAGGUGAUCCAGGCUUGGUCGAAAAUGGAUUUGCUUUUAUUGGCGGUCUGAAAGUUCAGAUACAGGAGAACCUAUAUGUUUGUCCCCGCGAGGGCUGUGGAAAGACCUACCGCAAGGAAGACUUUCUGCUGAUUCAUAUUCGACACUACCACAAGGAGUUUGCCGAGUAUGUUAGUCACUGCCCAAAGAUGCAGGAAUUGGCGGUAAAACGCACGCACGCCUCUUCUAUCGAGCAGGGUGAUGGGGCGCCCAAAAACCAAAUACCCAAUCAGCAGUUCUUCGCCAAGGUGCACCAACAGGACGUACAGCAGUCGCGCACGUUAAAACGCCAAGCUCUUCCAGUCACAGUCACGCCACCUAGACCCUCUGGCACUCCCCCUGUAGUUUCCCCUGCCAAGGCAGUAGUUUCGCCCAAGCAAGAGCCUUUGGGGCCCGUGACCCCCGCGGUAGAGAACACCAAUAUUACAGAAAAUAAGCCUCUGGAGCCAGCUCCAAGUCUCCCGCUGAGCUCCGCCGCUCGGUCCAGCAAACGAGCUCGCUAUUCACCCACAAAGCGGCCUUCAGGGUCGCGGAAAAGUAAUCGACAGCGCACCCAGCGUCGCAGUAAUUUGACGGACAGUCCUGGCCAGAAUCCAAGCGAGCAUGACACCGAAGAUACAAGGCUGUCCUUCAACACGCCCACAUCGGAUCUUCGCACCGACUCCAAGAAGAGACGCAUGGGUCCUGCUGGCACUCCAAUCAGUUCCAUUGAUUCCCCCGCUACAGCGGACUCUGGAUCGACGCCAUCAUCCAAUGAUCAGGUGGAUAUCAACGCCGCUUUGGCACCACCGCCAGCAGAUACGCUUGGAAAAGCGCCACAGUACAUCAAGGAGAAUGGAGAACUUAUACGGAUAGUCCGUAUGCGGCAGGAGGAGAUCAUUAACUGCAUUUGCGAAUACGGCGAAGAGGAUGGGCUGAUGAUCCAGUGCGAGCUGUGUCUCUGCUGGCAGCACGGCGCCUGCAACGGUAUUAUCAAGGAGGCCGAUGUUCCAGAGAAGUACGUCUGCUACAUUUGUCGUAAUCCGCAGCGCGGACGGGACUCAAUGCGGUUCAAGCACGACCAGGACUGGCUCUUUGAGGGCAAGCUGCCUUCGGCUGCGUAUCAUACUUCGAAUCCGCAGGCCUUCAAACAGGCUGACAUGUUGAAGCGCUCCCACACACUUACCGGCAAUCUCCUGGACGCCAAGCGCUCAAUGCACUCGCUGCAGGUCAAGAUCAACAUUGCUCGCAACAGAUGCCAUCCGAAACUGUAUUUGUGGGCCAAGAAGUGGGACGAGGACCAUGUGGAUGGCACUGCAGUGACACCAAUUAAGCGCCCAAAGUCGGAGAAUACUCAGGACUUCCCGCAUAUUCCCCAGCCUGAGGCAGCCAUCGAUCCAGAAGAGUGCCAGUACCGUCUGAUAGAACACGUGAAAGUGCAGCAGGCCCUAAUUUUGAACCGACUUAAUGACAUCGAGGCGGAAAUGGAUGAGCUCGAAAAAGACGACAGCCUUGAUGACUUGAAGAAUAACGACGAUAUCUCAACGACCAAAGAAGCUAUGGCCACGUUCAUCAAAGAGCUCGAAACAUUAAAGCGGCUCGCGCGCCUGAACCAAGUGGCCAAUCUGAAGCAGAGCCUUAAAGAUCCCGUAACCAAUCCUCCAGCUUGAUUCCAAAGUAAUCUAUGAAGUUAGAAUUAAAGAAGCAGUUACUGAGUGAUCUGUUAGGGGGUUGUCUUUCAGGAGUUUCUGCAAGUCGCAGAUGAAUCUUUCAUACAAACUUCAAUGAAGAGAUCCAAUUCCCAGUUAUACUUCUAAACUGUUGAAUGUUCUUUGGUUUAUUUUUAUGAACAAACCCCUUUUUUACAUUAAUAUGAUACUUAAGAAACCCAUUUGAAGUGUUAAAAAAUAUAAAAUGGCUUGAAAGCUUAAAGUUUCUUCUAAAGGCGUAUAAUUACAUAAGAUUCUGUAAUGCAAAAAAUUAUAAUUUCAAGGUUUA